AUGAGGGUUGCUGCAUUUAUGGAGAUAAGGUUUGUAUGUGGGAAGAUACUAUGGUUCCCUGCGGGAACAGUAAUGGGAGCAUCAGAGAUUAGCAGUGAGGAAUCUUGGCAACGAGGCAGCAGCGUGGAAAGUUACCGAAGGCUGCUUGUCUCUGCGAAGGCAGAGCAGGAUGCUGGCUGCUGGGAGGCCUGCACCCAGAAGGUCCUCUCAGAAGCAGUGAGGAUAGUGUUGCCGGAGUCGAGGACAGUGGUGGCGGAGGUGUUGGAGGGAGAAGUCCAGGAGCUGGUCGAUGGACCAGCACGCGGAAGCAGAGCAGAUCUGGUAGAUCUGGAGCAUAGGGUCAGUGACGGGGCGCUGGCGGCAAUGAAAGAUCACUGUCCCAUCACUUCUUUGUUUCUUGUCAUCCAUCGAUCCGUCAUGGAACAAAUGGACGUCGACCUCUUGAACUCUUCUCCGGAGUUCCAGGUUGAACUGAUGAACAUGAUGCUACAGUUGCAGAAACUUGCGGAAUCAUCUGAGGCCCUUCCACCCAAUGAUCACCUCUACGCUGCUCCACCGCGGACGUUCCGUGCUUCUCCCACCGCUCCGGCCUUCCACCACCCCGCCCGUGGCCCAGCCAUGGCGCCGCCGUCGAACAACCUCGCUGAUGCGGAGGCAUCGCUGCUGAGCGGCCCGUCCCUCGCGCACAGUGCUCCGACCUCGACGGCGGGGAUGAGGGACAUGAUGUUCGGCAUCGCCGCGAUGCAGCCGGUGCACGUGGAUCCGGAGUCCGUCAGGCCGCCGAAGCGCCGGAACGUGAGGAUUUCCAAGGAACCCCAGAGCGUGGCGGCGAGGCUCCGGCGGGGGCGGAUCAGCGAGCGCAUGCGGGUGCUGCAGCACAUGGUGCCCGGCGGGACCAAGAUGGACACGGCGUCGAUGCUCGACGAGGCCAUCCACUACGUCAAGUUCCUGAAGACGCAGGUGCAGUCUCUGGAGUUGGCGGCGGUGAGCCAGGGCAUGGGUCGGCCGCCGCCUCCGGCUGCAGGAUUCACGCCGUCCGACGGCAGCUACUCGUGCUUUCAUACCAUGUAUCAGCUGCAGGAUCAAGGGUUCGUGAACUUUGCCGAUGUGUAA